UAGAAUUGGGGGGGUAAAAAGGAAGAGGGGAAUAGUGGAGAUGAGUAAUAGUUCGCUGUCGUCAUCGCCGGCAAGGUCAUCGAUAUCUACGACGGCGGUGGCUGGGAGUGCAAAUGCGGUGGUCGGAGGGUCAUCUCUAUCCGUCGAGGACUACCACUUUCCGGCGGAUCUCAUUUCAAUUCAGGACCGCAAAGACGAGGCGCUUCUUGUUCUGAAAGCUGACCUGAUGGCUGCUUUGAACAAAGAAGUUAAAUCCCUUGAUGAGGAUAGCUGGAUGUUUGAGGGACCCCGAUCUCGUAUUAAUCUUAUUUCAAGACCAGGAUCUGUCACUGAAUUUGGCUGUGUGAAAUGUUUGGUUACUAGUUGAUGCAGCAUAUAGGGAAAGGGAAGGUGGGCUUCUACAGAAGCGUUUUGGAAUUACGAAGCAUCAUAACUUGGCCCCUAAAAACUGAUUUGUAUAUCCUUAAUAAAGAAAUUACCAUGAGCCAGCGAGAGGUGACCAUCAAGUUUCUUGAACUGAUUCAUGCCUUCUAUAAUAGCUUGAGCUAGAGUACUGGCUUAAGAGGGACCAAGAUGCCUGGAUAUGCCAUUCUGCUUGAAGUUUGUCAUGGUCUGCUCUGUAUCUGCUCUUGAUGUACUCUAAAUUUCUGCAACAGUAAACUUGUUAGUUUAGAGCAGCCAUCGGUGCUUUGUCCAGUGAUAGCUGCUUAGAAAGUGUCAACACUUUCUUGUUGAAUACAGCCAUUCAGUUGCUAAUAGGACUAGCUAGGAAUGUUGGAAAUAAACGCCUGGUGAAACUUUGAUACUUCUAUUAUCAAAUCUUGCUUCUUCAAAUAUUAUAGUCUCCCGGGCCUUGUUUUGAAGAUUCUGUUAA